UUGUCGAUACAUGAUGUUGAGAAUUAGCGGUGUGAUCUACAAAGUCAUUCUUUGAAAAUUACCAAAUUAUUUAACUUAUUUAACAGGACAGUUGUAGCAGUGUCCUGUCAUUAUAUGCUGAAAGCAUGGCUUUGUACCAGUAGAGUGAGACAACUGCAACAAAAGAAUGGCCGACAAUUUAGGAGGCUUAUUUGAUUCAGAUCCAGGAUUUCUGGAAGAGUUAGCAAGUGGGACAAAUGAACCUGUUCCAAAUGUACCUCAGCAACCACAGAUGCCUGGAAUGCUGCCACAAAACUCAGCCCAGUUACCCCAAGGCAUGAUGCAGCCUGGGAUUCCCCAUCCGGGUUACAACAUGGGGGGCAUGCAGCAGCAGCCGCAGCAACAAGGAGCUGGGUAUGGCAGUAUGCAGUUUCAGACCCAGCAACCACAGGCUCAGCAGUUCAGCCAGCAAAAUUUUAAUCAAUUCAAUAACCAGCAGCAAGUUUAUAAUCAGAAUAUGGUAUCAACCCCUAGUCAGAAGCAGGGACAUUUGAACCAGAACCCGAUGAUGUCACCGACCCAUAGAAACCAGUUUGGAAGUCCUCCCUCUGGCAUGAUGCACCAGGGUCAGGUUAUGUAUCAGUUCAAUGCAGGAAGUGCUGGCCAAGCUGGACCCCGGCUUCCUAACCCAGCACAGCAGCAGCAGAUGAAGAUGGCCCAGAUGCAAGGAUGGAACCAAAAUUCACAAAUGUUUAAUCCUCAACAACAGCAGCAGCAGCAGCAGCCAAAACAGCAGCAGCAGCAGCAGUAUCUUCCACAGCACCAGUCCAGCUCUAAUAUGCAAGGGAUGCGUAUGCAAGUGCCCUUCUCUGGUGCCCAACCAGGACAAAAUCAGGCUAUAUAUAUGCAGAGAAUGGCCUCUUCUGGUAUGAAUAGAAUGCCUGGUGUGAAUGCUAGUCAACCGAAUUCUAUGGCAAUGUCGCAGCAGAUGUAUCAACAUGGUAAUCAGAGUUUUAACAAUAUGAAUAUGUCACAAUCAAACAUACCCAGUGAUCCAAUGAGAGUGCAACAACCACAGCAGUAUAUGCAUCAGCAGCAGGCAAGUCAGCAGUUCCCCCAGCAACAGCAGCAGCAGCAGCAACAGCAGCAGCAGUUUCAGUAUCCACAGCAGAUGCAGCAACAAAGUAUGACAGAUAAUUGUGUAAACACUCCUCAGCAGCAACAGAAUAUGUUAAGAUUUCCUCAAACUAGUCCAACCCUGCCAAAUGUUCAGCAACGACUGCCAUUUAAUAAUAUUAACAACAUGAAUACGAUGUCUCAGCCAAGAGCGAAUGUGCCAAUGCUAUCCCCUCGUCCGACCCCACCACCUCCCUCCCCCUCAGUGACCCCCGGGAUGCUCUCCCCAACUGGAUCUACCUCAUCUCAUCAGGGAGGCUUCAACUCAAUGGAGCCCUCACCAAAUCACCCACAGCAGCAACCAAGUAAUUCAAACAUGUUUCAGCCCAGUGGGGAUAUGAACGACAAACAAAACUUUAGUCAGUUUAAUCAGAACAUAAACCAAAUGCCAUCCCAGAAUGUAAGUCAGACAAAUGGACCAAAUUCAAGUAUGAAUGUAACGGUGAAUACGAACACUAACAGCAUACCAAACCAAAGUCAGUGUAGUCCAGUGAAAAAGGUUGUUUCGCCCUGUAGUUCAGUUAACUCACCUUCAAGUGGUAACAUGGAUAUCCAGGGCUUGAACCAACAAAUUCAGCAGCUAUACAGCAUGCCUCAGACCCCGCAGACUCAGCAGAAGAUUUUGGACUUGCAGGAGAAGGUACAGAUGUUGAAGUCACAGCAGAUGCAGCAGUCUCCGAGACCCAGUCCACAGCAGGUGUUCCAGUCACCUGGCGGACAAGUGGCCUCUCAGCCAUUGCCCAGCCCAAAACAAGCUCAGUCUACAGUGCAGACUUCUCAAGUUGUUGCGCCACUUCCUCAGAUGAGCAGUGCAAGCAAUAUACCGGCAAGCCAGAUGGCUCAGCCUGGUACCCAAGUUGCACCUCAGCCUAUUUCCCAGAUGCAGCCACAGUCCAAUACCCAGAUACCUCAGCCAGGGCCUCAGGUUGUUCAGCAGAUUCCACAAUUGGUGCAGAUAAGUCAGAAUGGUUCACAAAUGGGUCAGCAGGGACUUACGGGGCCACAGAUUGUUCAUCAAAGACCGCAGGUCGUACAACCUGGUCAGAUGGUCCGGUUGGUUCAGGCAGGUCCGGGCAACCCGAACAAUCAACAGAAGAUUUUUAUAAUACAGCAACAGCCCGGUCAGAGAAUGCCUAACCCUUCACAACAGCAGCAACAGCCACUUCUGUCUCAGUCACAGACCGUACACCCUACCCAAGUCCCGACCUUGACCUCACUACCUCAGCCAGUAUUGAAUGGCAGCACCCAACCUGGUCAACAGUUGUUGAUAAAACCCAGUCAGGCCGGCCCUGGCAAUACUCCUUUACUCAUACAGAACACUGUCCCUCAAACAAACAACGAAAAUAGUGCUGAAAACUCUAGUCUGCAGCAAGAAAAAGCGAAUAAAAUUAUCGCUGAAGCAAUAGCAAAAGCUCAGAAAUCGGGGAAUUCAGCUAUUCCUAGAGUUCUGCAGCCACCUGAAUUGCCAGCAACGUUAGGAGAUCUAGAUAACCCUGAAUCAGAGACACCUGAUGGUAAAAAACAAAAGAAGAAGCGAAAAUAUACCCCAAGGAAAGAAAAAGGCGAAAAAGGAGAAAAAACUCCAAGGUCAAAAAAGAAGAAAAGUGAAAAAGCAGAAACUGUAACAAGUAGUGUCAGUGAAAUGAUUCCAUCAGUAGCAGGUGAAUUUAGUAUAGAUGGUGACUCUACUAUGGAAGCAAAGACUGAUUCGGAUGUAAAAGAGGAGAAAGAGAAAAAACCAAAGAAAAAGAAGGAAAAGAGUGAGAAGAAAACAUCUGAAAAAACACCAAAAACUGACAGAAAAAGACCUAAAAAACCACCAGCAACAUUUUUGAAGAACAAGAAAAGGAAGCGAAGAGGAUCUUCAGAUGGCUCUGAUAUUGAAAUCAAAAUUACCCCACCCCCUUCACCAGAAAAUGAUGAGUUCAAGAGAAGAUCAGGCCGAAAUGUGAAACGGAAAAAGUACAUGGAUGAUGUGGACCUGAAUCUAUCGGACGAGGACACGUUGGAAGCUUUGCAGGUUGACAACACGGAGGGAGCCGUGGUAAAACCGGUACUGUUUGUGGAGAACCCGGCUGAGGAAGAUGCAGUCAUUGUGGAUAAAAUCCUCGGCUCCAGGAUGAGAAAACCAGAUCCUGAUGAGGAGACCGACAUGGAAGAAUCAGAAGAAUUCUUUGUCAAGUACAAGAACUUCUCUUAUUUACAUUGUGAGUGGAGAACUGAAGCCGAGAUCCGAGACAAAAGAAUACAGGGCAAAAUUAAACGGUUCAAAAUGAAGCAGUUGACUUCCAAUGAUGUAUUUAAUAUGGAUGAUGAAUUCUUUAAUCCUGAUUAUAUGGAGGUAGAUAGAGUGUUAGAGGAGUCGCACACAAUAGACCCGAACUCACAAGAGGAGGUAACUCACUUUCUCGUGAAGUGGCGAUCUCUGCCGUACGAGGACAGUACAUGGGAACUACAGCAGGAUGUGGAUCCAGAAAAAGUGAAACAGUUUAAGAUUUAUAGGGAGUUACCCCCAGAGGAAGAAAGAGGGUAUGUGGAAAGACCUAAAGCCUCUGAAUGGAAAGCACUUAAAGAAACGCACACAUACAAGAACGGGAACACAUUGAGAGAAUACCAGUUAGAAGGUGUUAACUGGCUUACAUUCAACUGGUACAAAAAGCAAAAUUGUAUACUGGCUGAUGAAAUGGGUCUUGGAAAAACUAUUCAGAGUAUUACAUUUCUGCAAGAAAUAUUUAAUUAUGGUAUUAGAGGUCCGUUCUUGGUUGUGGCCCCAUUGUCAACGAUUGCGAACUGGCAGCGAGAAUUUGAGACAUGGACUGAUAUCAAUGCUAUUACAUAUCACGGAACGUCUCCAAGUCGAUACAUGUUACAAGAAUACGAGAUGUACUAUCGCGAUGAAGAAGGCGGAAAGAUCACAGAUUACUACAAGUUUCACGCCCUCAUUACCACAUACGAGAUCAUCCUGUCUGACCUUGAACUGUUACGAUCCAUUGACUGGCGAUGUAUCAUAAUAGAUGAGGCUCAUAGACUGAAGAACAAAAAUUGCAGUCUGAUUAAGGGUCUCCGAAUCUUUGAUUUUGAGCAUAAAGUGCUGUUGUCGGGUACACCCCUACAGAACAAUGUUGAAGAGUUGUUCAGUUUGUUGAAUUUCCUUGAACCUAGUCAAUUUCAGUCAUCUGAUGCAUUUCUUGCCGAAUUUGGAAAACUGCAGACUGAAGAACAAGUAGAUAAACUGAAAGCAAUCUUGAAGCCAAUGAUGCUGCGACGUCUCAAAGAAGAUGUGGAGAAAAAUAUUGCCAGGAAAGAAGAAACAAUUAUUGAGGUGGAGCUGACAAACAUUCAGAAGAAGUAUUAUCGUGCAAUAUUGGAGAAGAAUUUCUCAUACCUCUGUAAGGGAGCUAACUCCACCAAUGUUCCUAGUCUACUCAACACGAUGAUGGAGUUGAGAAAAUGUUGUAAUCAUCCAUACUUGCUCAAUGGUGCUGAAGAGAAUAUUUUGUCAGAGCUGAGAGCGAAGGAAGGCAGAGAGCCUGAACAUAUCCAAGCAUUGGUACAUGCAUCAGGAAAGUUUGUGUUACUGGAUAAACUGUUGCCACGAUUAAAGCAGGGCGGGCAUAGAGUUCUUAUUUUCUCUCAGAUGAUCAGAGUAUUAGAUAUCAUUGAAGACUACCUCAUACAUAAAAAGUAUCUAUAUGAGAGAUUGGACGGGCGUAUCAGAGGAAACCUCCGACAGGAAGCAAUAGACAGGUACUCGAAGCAAGAUUCCGAUAGAUUUGUAUUCCUGAUCUGCACAAAGGCUGGUGGACUGGGCAUCAACUUGACUGCAGCUGACACUGUUAUUAUCUACGACUCUGACUGGAACCCACAGAAUGAUUUGCAGGCACAGGCAAGAUGUCACCGUAUCGGACAGAGUAAGAUGGUUCAGGUUUACAGAUUGAUCACCCGUAACUCUUACGAGAGGGAGAUGUUUAACAGAGCCAGUAUGAAACUUGGUUUGGAUAAAGCAGUUUUACAGUCUAUGGGUGGAGAGAAAAUUAACCCUCAACAGCAGUUGACUAAGCGUGAGAUAGAGGAUUUGUUACGUAAAGGAGCGUAUGGAGCAUUGAUGGAUGACGACAGUGCUGGCGACAAGUUCUGUGAGGAAGACAUUGAACAGAUCUUGAAAGGCAGAACCCAGGUUAUACAGAUAGAGAGUGAAGGCAAGGGGUCUACUUUCUCUAAGGCGAGUUUCUCCGUGACAUCGAACAGAGAUGACAUAGAUAUCAACGAUCCUGAGUUUUGGCAGAAAUGGGCGAAGAAAGCUGACGUUGAUACUGAAAUGCUUGAUACGAGAGAGUUGAUAGUGGAUGAGCCUCGUGUACGUAAACGUACAGCUCGCUAUGGUAACAAUGACAGUCUGGCAGACAUGUCAGAUCUUGGUUCGGAGAGUGACUCGGAUGAGGAUGGUAGUAGAAAAGGUAAGAAAGGCCGUCGAGGUAGAAGGGGAGACGAUGAUGAUGAGGACUUUGAAAAAGAACGACACAGAGCUAAACCUGCUGGCACUGGAUAUGGUAGAUCUGAAUUGUUCAAAGUUGAGAAGGGAUUGCUGCAUUAUGGAUGGGGUAGAUGGUCGGAUAUUUUGGCUCAUUCAAGAUUUAAACGACCAAUGGAGGAGAAAGAUGUAGAAAAUGUGGCUAAAGCUAUUCUCCUGUAUGGUUUGCAGUAUUACAAGGGUGACGAAAGAAUAAAAGAAUUCAUAUCAGAUCUCAUAUCUCAAGAAAAAGAAGGAGGGCUCAAAAACCAUUCAGGUUUGUCUGCGCCUGUACCACGAGGAAGAAAAGGAAAGAAAUCUCGGGACCAGGAAGUACAUUUCGAUGCUAAUGAAGAGAUUGAGAAAGCUGGGAUCAAAAUGGACAGAGAUAUUGUAUACAACAAAAAUGCUUACAAGAGACAUAUACACAGACAUUCCAACAAGGUAUUACUGAGGGUUCGAACUUUGUUUUACCUGAAACAUGAAGUAUUGGGUGAUGCUGUGGACCAGAUUGAUCAGGGAAAACAUGUCAGGGAUAUAACAUUAACAGCACCUAUUGCUGACAGUGAACCACCAACAUUCUGGUGGGACGAACUUUCCGACAAGUCUCUUCUCGUUGGAGUGUACAAGCACGGGUAUGAGAAGUAUAACUUAAUGCGGCAAGAUCCGAUGUUGAUCUUCCUCGAGAGGUGUGGACCUCCUGAUAAUGCAGCUCUAGCUGCUGAAAUGAAAGAUGAUGAUGAUAAUGAAGGGGAUGAUAUGGAUGAAGCAAGUAUAUUAAAAGAUGAUGAGGAUGAAGAAUCUCUAACAUGUGCAUCUGACGCAGCUUCUACACCCAAACGUAUGACACCUGCAGCCAUGGGUAAAAUAGAAGGUCAGGAGACGGAAGAUGGGAAAUUACCCUUCCCGACAGUGUCUGAAAUGAACACGCGUCUAAGACGAAUCAUUACAUCAUAUCAGAGAGAUUUCAAGAAACAACAGCUGAAGAAAGAACAACAGGCUAAGAAAAUGGAAAAGCGAGAGAAAUUGGAUGCAGUGUUCCGUGAAAGGGAACAAAGGAGACGUCAAACCCAGAUGAAAUGGACCCGUAGAGAGGAGACAGAUUUCUACAGAAUUGUUUCAACUUACGGCAUUGAGUUUGACAGACACAAAGGUCGUUACAUCUGGGACAAAUUCCGUGUUAUGGCCAGGCUGGAUAAAAAGACAGAUGAGCAGCUUACAGAAUACUUCAUAUCAUUCUACCACAUGUGUCUCAGGGUGUGUCGUAAAAUCAAAGAAGAAGCAUAUCCCCCAACUCCUGUGUACAUAGAACCAAUCACUGAAGAGCGUGCCAAUAGAUGUAUAGCUCGUAUAGACUUGUUGAGCAAGAUACGAGAAGAAAUUAUUGUGCAUCCAAAGAUGGAUCAGAGAAUCAAACUUUGCCAGAAAUCACUUGAUCUCCCAUCAUGGUGGAUCAAUGGCAGACACGAUCGAGAGCUUCUGGUUGGAGCUGCAAAACAUGGUCUGGCUAGAACAGACUACUACAUUAUGAACGAUGAGAAGUUAACAUUCCUCGAAGUCAUCAAAUCAUUUAUCAAGACACAUUCCAACUCACCUGUAGACUUCAAAAUGUUCGGCAAAGAUCUCCAUCAGAAAGAUACCAAAGUUGUUAAAGAAGAAAAAUCAAAAGAGGAAGACGAAAAGGAAACUGUAGAGGAAAGCAGCGAUGACAAAUGUGAUGAUGAAAAAGAUAAGGUUGUUAAGGAUGAACAAACUAAUGAUAGUGCUAAACUUGAAGAAGAUGCCAAAGAAAUCAAAGACAAAUCUAGUCCGAAAAAAGAUGAUGAAAGUGCUAUAUCAUUAAAGAAAGAUGAAUAUGACUCUGAUACUGAUACUGAACUUGGUGCUGAAACUGACGAUUUAAAGAAAAAUUCAGAAAAAGUGAAAUCUGAAGAGAACAAAGAUGAAGAGGUUGAGAAGAAUAAGAGUGAAGAUGUAAAAGUUAAGGAAGAAGAUGAUGAAGCUUCUGGCAGUGUUAAGACUGAGACAGUUAAGACAGAGAAAGUGAAAGAAGAAAAGUCAGAAGUGAAGAAGGAAGUAAAAGAUGAAACAGAUGUAAAAGUUGACCCUGAUGAGGAGGUGAGACAAACUAUGGAAGGGGAGGAGUCACAGUCGGAUCUACUGAACAGUGUAUCACAGACACUGCUUGCUCAGUGGCCAAAGGAUCGAGUGGUGUUCCAUAGAUUAGAGCAGAUCUGUUACUGUGUGGAGACAGGAGAUUGGCCAUUCCCACCAAAGAUGAAAAAUGUACAUAUCCUAGGCAUCGACUCUAGCAGUAACACACCCACCAGAUCACUGACCCCACUGACUCCUAAGUUAGAGGAAGAAAGCAAGGACAGCUCUAGUGAUAGAGCAACAAAGAAAGAAAAGGACUUUGAAGUGCAAAUGGCCGAGGGUGAAGGUCUUAAGAUGACAUUCCACAAGAAAGCUGAGAAGAACAAGAGGUCGGCAGAUGCUUUAGAGGCAGAGAAAGCAGCAAGAAUCCAGGCCAUUCUAGCACAGAGUAUCGCAGCAUCCCAAGCAUCUAGUGAUGACAGUCAACAAGACUCCAUUUUAUCGUCUACGUCUCAGGUAUCAUGGCCGGCCCCAUGGCUGCCUUCCCCUCCUCCAUUCCAAAUGAUGGUGCCACCCCAGGGCGGUUCAGAUAGUCCAUUUCUCAACGGUGUUCACAUGUCAGAGGAGGAGCUUAUGAUGAAUAGACAUCUUUUGGAACAGGGAUUGUUAUUUCCAAGGCAGGGACGUCGUGGUCGGAAGAGAAAGGAAGAAAAGAUGGCAGAGAUUGCCAUGGCAGAAGCCUUAGCUAGACGGCAGACAGCUAGAGCACUGGCCUCUCUGGAAUCUGAUUCCCAUGUGCCUGUGAUUAACCUUGAGGAUGGUAGUAGGUUGUCUGGAGAUGAUGCUCCACUGAAGAAGAAUCUCGAAAGCUGGUUAGAGAAGCAUCCAGGUUAUGUGGUAGACAGUCGUGUGGAGGAGCUGGAAGAGGGAGAAAUUGUAUCUGACUUCCCGGAGCGGAGGAAAGGACGUAAACCCAAGUUUGAUCCUGCCUUCUUGGAGGUUGAUAAACUGACAGGGGAAGAAAAUGUGUCUGUGAUCAAUAGGCUUACUGGUAAAAAGAUAACUGGAGCUAAAGCACCUCCACUGAGGUAUCUAGCUGAAUGGUUGGAACAGAACCCCAUGUGGGACGUUGAUCCUAAAUGGGCUGAACUAGUUAGAGCAAAGGGUUCCUUACCAAAGACCUUACUGCCUCGAAUAGUGACACCAUCACGGCGGGGCCGGAAGCCAAGGGACAGUCCAUUGUCGCAUCCCAUGCUGGGAACCAGCGAUCCUCAUCAAGCUGCAGCAAUUGCUGCGUCAAUGGAAGCAAUGAAUGCUGCCCAACUUAUGGCAGCUGGUUUUGGAAAACUACCUCUUCCAUUUGGUUCAAUACCAGGUCUCGGACUUAAUCCAAUGUUAGGACUACAGGGUUUCGGAUUCCCUGGCAUGUCUGGUUCACCUGUGCCAGAGAAAUCUGAAUCAAAACAUAAGGAAACUAAAGGAUCAAAAGAAGACAGUGAAAAACCUAAAGAAGAUGAAAAGAGUUCAAGUCCACAUCCAUCUUUCCCUCUCAUGUACAACCCGUUACUGUUCAAUCCCGCCCUUCUAGCUGCUCAAGGCAUAGCAAACUUUCCUCUACCUACCAGUCUGGCUGGCAUGGAGUCGAGUCUCAUUAACGGUCAUACUCUUUCAAAGGAGGAGACUGCAACUAGUAGUAGUAGUAGCAGCAGUAGAAAAUCUCGCCAUGUUUCAGAAUAUUCUGAACAAAAUCUUGUCGAAGAUCUCAGUGUUAGAAGUAAAUCUAAACCAGUUAUAGAAAACACAACAGCGGCUCACAGUAGUGGGAAAUCUAAAGCGAAAAUGGACGUCAGUUUUGACAGUGACGAUAUGCCUUGUGAUCUGUCUAUGAAGCCAAAAGCAAAAGAGGAAAAAUCGAAACAAAAGAUUUGUAGCUCAGACAAGUUGAGUCGAAUUGUAGAUACUCUGAAAUUUAGAGUGAACAAAAUGGAUGAAAAACCUCAGAAAAGUGAAAGUGAUAAAGACAACCGUAGACAUAGUAUUGAUGCAGUUUUGAAUCUGUCGGAUAAAAGUAACUCUAGAGAACAAUCUGAAAAUGGUUCCUUGAGAAAAGACUCGAUAAAUUUGCUAUCUUUGAAACAUUCAUCUUCAUCAUCAUCAAAAUCAUCAUCUUUAUUAAAAUCGCCAUCAUCGUCGUCAUCAUCGUCCAACCAUGCUAAAGAGCCAGUACCAAAAAUUGUCCAAGAACUAUUAGCGGCAAAACAACAACGAGAGAGGGAGGAAAUGCUAGUUGCAAAACAACUAAAAUUAGAUGCUAUCACUGCUAAGCAACAUAAACUGUUAAAAGAUUCAUCAGUAAGUAAACCAAAGUUGUCGAGUUCUCAGGGAUCAGAGGUUAGUGGGGGUUCGGACAGAGAUACUGAAGUUGACAGUGAAAAAUCAUAGUAGAGUUAUCACCCAUGACAUUGUGGUUGUGAACUGUGACUAAUUUUGGGAAUAAAUGGAAAGUUUACAAGCGAGUUGAAAGGGUUGUAUGAGAUAUGGGCCCUGAUUGGUGUAAAUGAAUGUUAUCUAGGUUGUAUUAAAAAAUCAUGCUGCUGUCAUCCAUCAUGGGCAUUAAAAUUCUGAAACGUGAUAAAAUUGCUGCAUGCUUAAGGAAAAAACAAGCGUCAUACAGAGUCUGCUGGGAAGAGUUCUAGACUGGUUUUUCAGUUGGGAGUGAUUUCAGUUGUGAAGUGCAAGUUAAAAUGUUGACAAUUUAUAAACCCUAGGGGAAUCUGCUGGUCAAAACUUUAAGAGUUAUGAUAUUAAAAAACAUAAGUAUUAUUUUUAACUGCUUGGUGGAACUAUGAUUUUGUAUUUAGUUAAGAAAAUGUGGGUUGUCUGGUGAAAAGGGGCCAUCUAGUUGGAUUUUUGUGGAUGUCCAAUUGUUAUUGAAGUGUAGAAGUAUUUCAUUGAUAAAGGAAAUAUAUGUAUAUGAGGAUGUAUUGGCAAGUUAAAAGAAAAAAAGAAUCCCUCAAAACUUACGAAAAUAAGAAAUUCUUUAUUACUCUUGGCAAAAGGUAAUUUCUAGUGGUGGUCUUUUUCAGUGUGACGAUGUACAAGUAAUCAUUAUGUAUGAAAAAUGGUUUAACUUGUAAGAUUUGUGUUGUAAAUGUUUAAAAAAAAGUCAUAUUUGCACGAAGCGGUUUUGUAAAGGACUGUUGUGCCAUUGUUUAUGCAUAUCACUGAGCUGCUGCCUUUGUUGUUUGUUUUCUUCAACGGGAAAGAAUAUGCGAACUUACUUAAAUUAUCUGUUGUAAUACAUGUUGGUCUGUGUUGACUGAUCUUUGUAAAAUUUUUAUAACCAAUUUCUUAGUAGGUUGCAAAGUAUGGAAAUAUCAAACAUUGUAAUUUUAAGCCACAGAGAACCACUGAAUUGUAUGUUUGUAUUUAUGUCAAAUAGGCGUUAUUAUCUAAUUUCAGGGAUAAUAUUUUUUGUUUAUCUCUCUCCAGUCUUGGACGUUUUGGAUUAAAUAAUAUAUUAGAUAUUUAAGAGUAGGACACAUACAGAGAUUCAAAUUCUUUUGUGGAUUUGAUAAAGAUUAAUCGGUGGUUUCAUCCAUAAAUUUUGCCAGGUAAAUAAAAAAAAAUGCAUUUUCUAAAUAAUUAUUUUUAUACUUUUUAAAUUUUCCAUAAUUAGUUAGCUUUUAAAGGAAGAAGUCAGAUCUAAUACAAGUUAAUUUAAACUGUAGCUUGGCAUGUAGGGAUGUCAUAUAAAGUAUUCUUUAUUGUGUCCAUGGUAAAAAGCUUGGGCUGUAGACCAGAUAUGAAGCACUGCCAUCUCAUUUGUGGUUACAGAGCAUAAAUUUGAAAUUGACCAGGAAGAUGAAUACAUUCUAAGUGGUCGCCAAAUUUUGGAGCCAGGUAUAGCUAGGUAUAUAUAUGUUUAGAAGUGAUUAUCCACAUACAAAUAUUCAGUACUAUUUGUCAGAAAUAUGUCCUAGAUAAGAAAUUUCAGAAUUUUCCUUAUCUUGCAAUUCUGUUUACUAUACCUAUUCAGCUGAAAUGCUCUUGAGCGUUUUCUUGUCACUGGAGUCAUAUUUGGACAAAGCUUAAGAAUAAAACAGAUUGAAAAUUUUGAAUUUGAAAGUUUUAUGUCCAAUUUUUUGACACAGAAUUGCAAUAGAAACUGGCCAAAGAUUAAGGUACUGCUAUUAAACAGAAUCAUGGCAUAAAGGGGUUUUGGACUCGAGAUGGCUGGGAUAUCGUUGGCAUUUAUAGACUGUUUUUGACUAUAAACAUUCUUCAGUUUUUUAUGUGUUUAUUCAUCAUAAUCUGAUAAAUGAAUUGUUAGGGAAUAAAAAUUCAGAAAAUAAUAUUCCUACUCAGUAUUGCAAAAAUGAACAGCGAAUUUUAAUCAACUUUUCCACAUGUUCACUUAAUGAGUUUAAUUGAUUUUAGCUAGGGCUUAAAUGCUAGUGUGUUACUUUGCUUAAACCAUUUGUAAUUAAUUUUCAUAUCUAUUUAUUAUGAAAUUAUGAGAGAAAAAAAUAAUUCAGAUGUUUUCAUUGCCAGUUUUCAAGCAAUAUAGACAGUUUGUAGUGUAGUGAAUCUGUAUGGACAGAAAAUUUUGUGUAUAUGUAUUUAUUUUUUCAAAUGGUGUGUAAAUGGAGAGAAUUAUUUAAAGCAAUAUGUAUGUGUAUAUAAUUAAUGUGUAUAGUCUGUUUCUGAAUACUGAUAUGAAGUCUGUAAAAAAGAUUAUAACACUUGAAUUUGAAGACCAGUCACAGAAUUCAGCUGUGUCAUAUUUAAAUGAGAAUCAACCAAUCACAUGCUGGGGUUUGGAGACUGGUUUCCAAACAUAAUUUUAUAACUAAGAACCCUGAAAUGUUAGAAGUUAAGGUAGUCAUUGACUUUCCAUUGAAUUAAAAUGUCUGAAAUAAUUGUAGGAGAUGGUGCAUAUAGGAUAUUGAGCAUUUCAUUUUCAACUGUUGUAUAAACACAUCUUAUCAGUCAUGGCAUUGCCUGCAUACCAAACAGGAUUCCUAGUAAAAAAAGGGACAAUGUUUUUCAUGGCUAUUCAUGAACAAAGAACCGACUUCGAAAAGGGAAAGUUGUAACAAUGCAGUGGUGACUUGAUUUUAGGCGGGUCAUGUAAAGUACUGGAAAUUUGGCAGUCCUUUGAAUUUGAUGCACCGAACAGAUUGAUCCACAGCUUGUAUUGUAAAUGUAAUGAGAUUUGUGAACAAACUAUUACUGUCCUGAAUGUUGCAGUUUUGCAGGUGUGCUCUAUAUGAGCCGCACCAUGAGAAAACCAAAAUAGUGUGUUUGCCACCAGCAUGGAUCCAGACCAGCCUGCGCACAUGCGCAGUUUGGUCAGGAUCCAUGCUGCUCGCUUUCAAAGCCUAUUGCAACUAGAGAAACUAUUAACAAAUAGUAUGGAUCCUGACCAGAGUGCGCAAAUUCGCAGGCUGGUCUGGAUCCAUGCUGGUCGCAAACGCACUCUGUUGGUUUUUUCAUGGUGUACUAUACAUAUAGCAACACUGAAUUCUAGUUACAACAUGCAUAUAAUGUAGCUCCAGAAGCUAAUUUUAAAACAGUUCAUUUGUUACUUUGUAAGUGAAAAUAUGAAAUUUAUGAAUCGUCAUUAAUUCAUUUUCACAUUAAUUUUGCAAGUCAGGAAAAUUAAGUAACAUUGCUAAAAAAAUAAAUAAUUUGUUUGUGUGUUCAGAUUGAAAUGCCAUUGUCAGAUUAUGCAUAUGUUGAAUAUAUCUUAUAUGAGGAAUAUAGAACCUGAAAAUGGUAAGAAUAAAAAGCAAAAAUAGAUUUUCAGACCCAUAUGAUGUAAGAUUGUCUGUAACAAAGAUAAAUUUAUUGUAAUGAAAAUUUUACUUGCCAAUGUGUAUCUUGGAAAAGCAGAUAGUUGGUGAAAUGUGUUCAGUGUCAUGACUUGAAUAGAUGCAGGAUGAUAACUAGACAUAUUGCAAAGCAGAAAUUGUUGUAAUCCUUAUUUGAUGUACAUUGAAAUGCCAAAAAAAAACCACAGGUUACACAGGGAUAUGUAGGUAAAAUAUCCAGGGGAGUGGGGGAGCAAUUUAUUUCUAUUUCUAUUCUAUUCUAUUCUAUUUCAACAUUUUAAAGAAAUGUUGUUUCGUAUUAUUUGUCAAUAGGCAUUUCAAAAACGCAUUCUUACAUGGAAGAUUUUGUUAACUUGCACAAACAUGAAAAGUUGCAAUAUAAUAAAACAUACCCAUACUCGCCCUCGAUUUCCUGUAUUUCAAACACCAUUUUACGAAUUUUGGACUGGACAGAUUUAUUUUUUGCAAUCUCCAUUCAAAUGUGAAAUUACCAACCAAGGUCUGUACUAAAGACCACGAAUUGCCAAGUUAUCAUCCUGUAUCCAUCUAAUAAUUCCAUUGUAUUUAUAAACAUCUUAUUCUCAGGGAAUUUUGAUGACCAUAUAAAGUAUAGAAAAGGAAAACUUUAUUUUAGUUAACAUUUCCCAGUCUGGUAUGGUAUCAGUAGGUGUUCCUUUAGAUGCAGUAGAUAAAAGCGAUAUAUUUUUACUGUCUCUUCUAAAAUAACAUGUGUUUUAGAUCAGCAUAUUUUCUCUAUAAGCUUACUGGGCUCAAAUAUUGACAGAACUGAAGAGAAAACUGUGGUGUAUUAUUCCUCAAAAUGAGAGGUGUUGCAAUAUUAAUUAAGUGAACAAAAUUUCAAGGUUGCUAAAAAUGGUAGAUCUUUGAAACAUCUUUUUAGUUCUUAUUUUUUUCUGCAAAUUAUUCACUUGUUUAGAUAUAUGAAACUUUUUUUUUUUCAGUUUCCAUCAUGGACACAUCUUUUAUCCUCAUAGAAUUUGACAUUUAAACAUGAUUUAGUUUUGUCAGGUGACAGAUAAAAGAACGUCCUCUAGGGCUUCAGUAGCGAUAGAUGUAGACACCAAAUAUUUAUCAGUAUUAAUGAAUUUACGCCUAAUGGGUCAAGGUAAACUAAGAAUUUGCUGAAGGCAACUUUUUUCUGUGACAGUGCUUUAAAGCUACGGCGUCCUUUGUUUAUACAAGUCGGAAGCUUUGAAGUCAUUUUGCUAUCUCGUUUUACAGACUGUCCACAUUUUUCAUUGCGAAAAUAAUUCACUUCAUAUAGAUUUUGUUUUUCUGACAUUUCACGUUUGUUAAAUGUAUUUUUUGUAUGUCAACUUCGUCUUUUUUUUUCAACAGAUUUGUAGAGAAAAGAAAAAUAAUUUAAUUAAAAAUGAUAUGCAAAGUAAA